GUACGUCAGAAACACCUUCGUCAAGCCGAGUUUUCAUGCCGUGAGCGGCGUGUGCGAGACGGCAGUGUGCUCCCCUCCCCCGCGAGUGCCGCGGUCGCGGGGACGCGUCCUUCCGCGCGUACUCCCGGGGCCCCCUCGGACGACGGCGACGGUCAGGCUGUCGUACACGCGCUUACGCUGUACGCUGUGUGGCGCGUCGUUACGACGCGGCCGCGCCAUGUGGUGCGUCGGCACCACGGCGCCGCGCGCCUCCGACAGACCGACCGGUCGCCUCUGCCCUCCCAUCCUGCUUGCUUGCUUUUCUUCCUUCCAUCCAGCGAGAAAUUUUUCGUAGCUGCGCCGUGCGUACGUACGCACGCACAUUAUCUCCCGUCGUCAGCAAAGAUGGUGGAUGUUUUUUUUUAUCGCGCCGACUCGCGAAAUCGGGGGAGAAUCGCUCGCUCCGCGCUCUAAUCUCUUUUCUUUGUCCCCCUCUUCUCUCUCUUUCUUUCUCUCGCUUGCUCCUGUUCGCUCGCACGCCAUACAUCUCGGCGCCGCGCGAAAAGGCGGGAAAUCGGUCGCAACUCGCGGCGUCGCGCCAGGAACUUAGACAACACGAUGGUCGUCAUCAGCAGCGACGCCGCGUCCACGUCUCCGCGAGACGCCACCGCCGACGACCGGCCUGGAGUCGUGCUCGCUCGCUCGCACGCGCGCGCGCGCGCGCGCGCGCGAGGCGUAGAGACGUUGGAGACGAUACAGGCGGGCGCACGGCAAAAUGGCGGGAAACUUGAACACGACGUUAGAGUCUGGAGGAUGGUUCAACGGUCCUCGAUAAUCUUAUCACGUCGAACGUCGUAAUUAUCAUGUCAUGUCGCGUGGUGCCGUGCGCCCGUCACCCCGCGUCUUUGCAACUCACAAUUCUCUCUCGGACGAUCUCAAGACGUCAACGAGCGCGCGACUGCGUAAGCGUGAUACGCGAACAGUCGACGGAGGAGAAACCGACUCCGACGAAAAAUAAACGAAGCGGCACCAAGAGGCUGUCCACUCUCGAAAGGACCGCUCAGGAGGGCGAGGCAAUCUUAAAGGGCAUGAACAAAUCCGCAGUCGGUGAAGUAGAAGGCAGGAGACGCACUCGCAGUUCAGCCAGAGGCCUAACUUCGACAACGCCAGUGCCAUCGCCACCCAAGAAGGAAAAAAGGGAACCGUCGACGCGGGGUGGUGGUGGUGGUCGUGGACGUGGACGACCCAAGAGGCAGGAAAAAAACAAUGAGAACAACACAGACGAUGAAACAUCCAACAACAAAAGUGAAAAACACACGGAAGAGGAAUCUACAAAGAUGGAAGUAGACGAGGAGAAAGAGGAGAAAGAGGAAAGUAAGACGAUACAGAACGAAGACAAAAACGCGGAGGGCGCGGACAGUAAAGACAGUAAAGAUGUUGAGAAAGUGACGGAUGCCAAUUCCAAGGACGAAAAAGUGACGGAGGAGUCGGAGAAUGUAGUGGACGAAGCUAAAAGUACUGCUCCCAGUGAAGAAAAGAAGCAGGAGGAAAUGAAGGACAGCUCGGAUUCGAGUCAAGAUGCAACCGACACAGCAGCAGAAGCGCCGCCUUUAUCCUCGUCAGAGUCCCAAAAUCCCUCCAACACUGUUACUACUGAGGAAAAUAAGGAAUAACCUCCCUUCGCCUGUUUUACCACUACUUUUAUGAGGUACCAAGGCGGCGCACAUAUUGGGGUCACACAAAUCCAGUCCCCCCUCGUCUAUUUUAACUAAUUAACACCUUCUUGUCGAUCGUUGUUUCAACCAGCGCAAACUUUUUUGUUAGGAUACAGUUUUUAUUUUAUCAUUAUCCUUAUGAUAACGUGACUUUCCAGAAAGAUAUAACAAAAAUAUAAAAUGUGCUACGCUAAUAUGAAUUAGCGUUCAA